AUGGCUGUUAACAGCGCCACAUCGUUUGUUAUAUCAUCAAUAUUGACUCUAUUGCUGUUUUCCGGGAUGCAAAUGUAUAAACCAAUCUUAGUCAAAUCACCUAUAACAAUUAUAUUUGGAGGAUACCUUGGAUCUUUAUUGUUUAUGUUCUUUGUAACCGCAGUGGGCAACUUAGAAGCUACUCUUUUUGGGAAGAACUUUCAGUUGAAACUGCCAGAGAUUGUAAUAUCUAUGGCAAUAUCCUUAAUAGCAGCUGGAAUGGUUCAUCGAAUUUGCUUUACUACAUGCUUAAUUUUCUCUCUCAUCACAAUUUACUACUUGAACAAGUUAUCACAGAAAACUUAUAGUGCUGCUGUCCAACCUCCCGUUCAAGUAAAGACCCGUCGUCAUAAAUGA